AAGCAGACGCAGAACGCCGCCCGCCUCAGGACCGCCCUCCACGACGUCUCCCACGAACGGACGCUCGACCUCACCUUCGGCCAGCUGAGGAACGAGCUCCUCACGUCCGCGUCGCUGGAGGAGCAGUUCUCCGUACUGCAGGAGCUCCAGCAGGGGGUCGUCAAGUACAGCACCAUCAGGAGGCUCGUUUGGAGGGACCCUGACCUGAUCGAGGUGAUGCGCAGCUUCGUGAGGAGCUACAUGAAGCCGAGCGGCCCCCAGCAGGUGUCGGCGGCCGAGGAUCCCGAGGAGGCGCUGCAGAGGCGCCAGGACGAGCUCGAAAUGCUCGCCCUCACACUUGAGACGCUGGCAACCUGCACGCAGGGCACUCAGCGGUGCCCUCACAAGAUGAAGGUUCUGAAGCGCAACAAAUUCGAGUGUCUCAAAGGACUGGUUACCGAGGUCAUGGCCUGCCCGGAAGUGCCCGCCCCUUACACGCUGACCUGCACGCGCUGGCUCACGGACUUCAGAGACUUGUCCUCGCACGCCUGGGAGAACCUGCCCGAGAGCGAGCUGCUUCGUCUGGUCCAAGACGUGACCCACACGAGCACGAGCUGCAUCUACGAGCUGCUGGGGACCGUGAGCGAGUUCUCUUGGGUCGGAGGCGGCGAGCACGUGUCUGGCCAGGAGGAGAGCGUGAUCAGCUUCACCACGCUCUUCCAGCACGCGCCCGUGGAGGCCUGGCUCUCGCACAGCGUCCCUCAGCUGCUGACGCUCCUUCACCCGGAGCAGGACAGCCAGGCCACGGGCUCGGACGCCGCCCUCAUCCACCAGUACUGCAGCGUCCUGGCCACUCUCCUGCACCACAGUCCGCGCGCCCUUCAGUACUGCAUUUCUAACUAUGCGGAGGAAAUCAGGUACUACGUGCACGAGUCGGUGGUUUCGUACCGGCUCGGAGCUUCGUCGCCCAUCCUGCCUCACACGCUCAAGGUGGUUCGCUCGAUGAUGAAGCUGGUUCGACCCAAGAGCUCACUCCGCACGAGAUAGAGACACCUGUAAUUCGAACAUCACUUUUAAUUGAGAUUGUAUUACGCGGUACAAUAUGUUGU